UUAUUGCCACAGUGAGUUCAAAUUUGAAACCCACUCUUUAAGUUUCACCCCAAAAUUCACCCCCAUUUCUCUCACCACCUCACCCCUAGAUCUACUCAUCUCAUCAAUUCGCUGUUUAUCAUGUUAAAUUCAAUCUUCAACUGAAAUUUUGGACUUACUUAUACCCGUCAGUACAUCAAAGCAAGAUUACAUUGAUGAAUUUUUCCAACCUUCAUGACAUUCUAGUCAUGUUUCGUUAGGUUUUUGUGUGCAAAGAUAGUUUGUGUGUUUUUUUGAUGGAAUUCACAGAACCUUUUAAGCAGACUGGCCCCUGCUGUUUCUCCCCAAAUGCUCGGUAUCUCGCCGUUGCCGUGGAUUAUCGGCUUGUCGUUCGAGAUGUUUUGUCUCUCAAGGUUGUACAAUUAUUCUCAUGUAUGGAUAAGAUAAGCUACAUCGAAUGGGCACUUGAUUCUGAGUACAUACUAUGUGGACUUUACAAGAAGCCCAUGAUACAAGCAUGGUCAUUAGCACAACCUGAAUGGACAUGCAAAAUAGAUGAAGGUCCAGCAGGGAUUGCUUAUGCCAGGUGGAGCCCAGACAGUCGCCACAUACUCACCACAUCAGAGUUCCAGUUAAGGUUAACAGUUUGGUCAUUAUUAAACACAGCAUGCAUACAUGUACAGUGGCCAAAACAUGCUUCUAAAGGGGUCUCUUUCACUAAAGAUGGAAGUUUUGCUGCAAUAAGCACCAGGCGUGAUUGUAAAGACUAUGUAAACUUAAUAUCUUGUCAAACAUGGGAAAUCAUGGGUGUUUUUGCUGUUGAUACAUUAGAUCUUGCUGAUGUUGAAUGGUCACCAGAUGACACUGCAAUUGUGAUAUGGGAUUCCCCUCUUGAGUAUAAGGUUUUGAUAUACUCUUUAGAUGGAAGGUGUUUAGCAAAAUAUCAAGCAUAUGAAAGUGGAUUGGGUGUAAAGAGUGUUUCUUGGUCCCCUAAUGGCCAGUCUUUAGCAGUUGGUAGUUAUGACCAGAUGUUAAGAGUUCUAAAUCACUUAACUUGGAAAGUUUUUGCAGAAUUUACACAUUUAUCUACUGUAAGAGCUCCUUGUUCUGCUGCUGUUUUCAAGGAGGUUGAUGAGCCCUUUCAGCUUGAUAUGUCUGAUUUAUCUUUAACAGAUGAUUAUACACAACAAAAUUCUGAAUAUGGCCCACAAGGACUGAUUGAUGUUAGAUAUGAUGUUGUGGAAUUGCCUAUCACCUUGCCUUUCCAAAAGCCUCCUGCUGACAAACCCAACCCUAAACAAGGAAUUGGGAUUAUGUCAUGGAGCAAAGACAGUGAAUACAUAUGCACUCGCAACGACAGCAUGCCAAGUGUGUUAUGGAUAUGGGACAUGAACCUUCUAGAACUUGCAGCCAUUUUGGUGCAAAAAGAUCCCAUACGCGCAGCUGCGUGGGACCCAACAUGCACUCGACUUGUGCUAUGCACGGGGACCUCUCAUUUGUACAUGUGGACCCCAUCGGGUGCUUACUGUGUGAAUGUUCCAUUACCUCAGUUUUCAGUGAUGGAUCUGAAAUGGGAUUUUAAAGGGAGUUGUCUUCUUUUAAAAGAUAAGGAUUUGUUUUGUUGUGCUGCUGUUCCUUUGUUGCCUGACUCUAACACUGAUUAUAGUUCAGAUGAUUGAGUCCGGAGGAUUUUCUCUUUUUUCAGAUGUUGAAGAGUUGGUUAGUUUUUGUGUAUGUAAUAUCAAAUAUUUAUGUACUUCUUUCUUUUUAGACAUGUUACAUUCACGUUUUAUGAUAGUUUUGGUGUUAAAAAUUGGAGAA